AUGGCCGCGCCCACGUACAACAACAAAGCUGGAAAGCUCAUCUGUUUUUACAUCAAUUUACUCUUAAUUACUCUUAUUUUACUUUGUAAAGGCAUUUCAUGUAAUUCAUCACUUUCUGAACAUUUUGAUGUAAAACCUGGAGGACAAGUGUGGACUGUAGUAAAGGAAUUGGGAAGCUUCAAGUGCACGUUUGAGUAUGCAGCUCAGGGAGGUACAAAUGAGAAAUGGUUGUUUGAGCUAACAAAGGCAGACUCAACAUUUGUCUGUGAUAUCCAGCGUCCAUCUGGUGUAUCGUAUCUCUUUUUCCAAUCCUUCAAAGUUUCUGUCGACCUCAAAGGAUCCCAGUUACAAGAAGCGGAACUUUUUAUGGAUACAGACAAUCAUCUAAAGCAGGAAGAAUUCAUUGUAAACAAAGGCAAGAAAGAAGUCACCCACAACGAAGGUAAAUUCAAUUCUAAGCUUUCACGGGUGCUUUUAAUCGCUGACGUAGACAACCCAAGGACAGAUCUCUGAAGACCGAGAGAGAGUAUAUGGAAAGAUGGAGAGAGAUAGAAAAUGAUGGUCUAGACCGGGUGAGGAAACAAGCGAUGUUCAAAAAUUAAAAGCCUUGAGUUUAUUUCAGUUAUCUGCCUUAGUUGCUCCAAGUCAACGAUCAUUUGCUUCACUUGGAAAGCGGACAUCUUUGGGGAAACGUUCAUCGACCGAGUAACUUACGUGUUAAGGUGUCACACUUAAAUGAACAAGUCUUAACUAGCUUAUCAAACAUUCCAUAUGUAUACAGUUGAAACUGGGUUAGUGUGGGGGAGGGGGGUCCUCAAAUCAAAUUUACAUAAGAAAUCUUAAUUUUGUGUUAAAUUGUUUGAUAAAAUAAAACAAACUUAAACAGUAGGCCUACUUUCUUUUAUGAAAUAGAGGUUAGGGGUCAAUGAGAUUAAUCUUGAUAACAAUGAAUUGUCAAAUAUUGCAGUCAUAUUUUAGUCAACUCCCGUUAAAAUUUACACAACACUCUAGUGAACAUCCCCCAAAAAAAUAAUAAUUUGGAAUCUGGAAGAUUAUUUCAUAAUUUCCCUGAACAAAAAUGUAUAAUUAAAAAAAUGUUAUAAUGAUUAUGGUGCCUUUUAGAACGAUUGAAAUUGAAAUGAGUUCAUUUGGUAUUACGGGUUGAAAUGCUGCUUUAUUAUUACAACAAUGUUGCCAGGCAACAGAAUAAACUACCAAGGAGUUGUUAUAGGUUAACAGAUUAGUUUAACUCUGCGUUGGGCUUAGAGCCAGGCCUACUGUACAAAAAAAAUGCAUUAUUGAAAGUCAUUGAAACUAUUCUUUCUUUUAUUCUACCAAUAGGCCUAUCUCAUCAAAUGUUUUAUGGUCUGGCUUAACAUGAAAUUUUGUAGAAUGUAUUAAAGGCAGUAGACACUAUUGGUAAUUACUCAAAAUAAUUAUUGGCAUA